AUGAGCGUCAACCUCCCCCCUCCUACGCACCGCAAGCGUGUCGUUCCGCAAGGCGAGCUGGAAGCUGCGUCGACGCUGAAACUCGGUGCGGACCAGAACACGCAUACGUUGUCGCUGUCGGAAGCGAGACUGGUUAUUAAUAAGGUGUUGGAGAAUAAGAGGAGGGGUGGGAAGAAGUAUGAUGAGCCGGAGAAUCUUACGAAGACGCUGGAUUAUCUAGAAGUGUUUUCGCGAUUCAAGGAUGAAGAGAACAUCAAGGCCGUGGAGCGUUUGCUGAACUCGCAUACGGAGUUGGAGAUGUUUGAGCGGUCGCAGUUGGGAAGUCUGUGCUGCGACAACGCGGAAGAAGCCAAGUCGCUCAUUCCCAGUCUCCAGAACAAGAUCACCGAUAACGAGUUGCAGGAGUUGUUGGAUGAGCUGACGAAGUUGAGAAACUUUGUUGAGUAG